UCAGCUGUUUUCGUCAUAUCCGCUGGUCACACUGCCGCCCUUUGAUGUUAUUCCAAUAGUGCAAUAUAUUUAGUUGAUCAAAGGUGAAUUAAAGAUGAAGCCAGCCCUGACAACGGUCAAUGCCACAGGCAAACACACCGCCUCCGUGAUAUUCUUCCAUGGAUCCGGCGACACCGGUCCCAAUGUAAUGGAAUGGGUGCGCUUCCUGAUCGGUCGGAAUCUGGAAUACCCGCACAUAAAGAUCCUUUACCCCACGGCUCCCAAACAGAAGUACACGCCGCUGGACGGGGAGCUAUCCAACGUGUGGUUCGACCGCAAGUCCAUAAGCAUUGCCGCGUCGGAAAGCAAGAAAAGUAUGUCCCAGUGCUAUGACUCGGUCAACCACCUGAUCGACGAGGAGGUGGCCAGUGGAAUUCCGCUGAACAGGAUCAUUGUGGGCGGAUUCUCUAUGGGCGGCGCUUUGGCCCUGCACACGGGCUACCAUUUGAGACGCAGUUUGGCCGGCGUAUUCGCACACUCCUCGUUCCUGAACCGCGCCUCAGUUGUCUAUGACUCCCUGGAAAACGGCACAGCGGAGUCUCUUCCCGAGCUGCGAAUGUAUCACGGGGAACGGGAUACUCUGGUGCCUAAGGACUGGGGUCUGGAAACCUUCGAGAACCUUACAAAGCUGGGUGUCAAGGGCACAUUUCAUCCGUUGAGGAACACCAUGCACGAACUGAAAACUGCCUCCAUCACGGAUCUGCAGCAAUGGAUUUACGAAAAACUACCUCCACUGGAAAACCAAGUGCAGAACAAACUCUGAGUGUAUUUGGCAUGAAACCCGUGCAUUUGGAAGCACCGCAAAGGCAAGUCUUUCCACCUGUCAACUUUUUAUACUGCUCUUCUCCGCCAUAAUGAAAGCAUAACUCCUCCAUGGCCGCAAUAUCCCUUGCUGCGAAAAUACCUAAAAAUUACACAUGACGAGAGAAGUCAGAUCAGAAUCAGCAAUAAAA